AUGCCUUCAGUGACUGAGCGGACAUCUCAGCCCUGCUUCUUCUAUGGCUCGCUCAUGGAGCCAAGAGUCCUCAAUGCCGUCACUCGUCCAAAGCCAGGCACCGAUCUCUUUAUCGUCCGUGCCUCUGUCAAAGGCUACACAAGGUACACAUACCACAACCAACCAUUUCCUGGAAUGAUCGUGUCCAAGGACCCCAAUGAAAUUGUCGAAGGUCUCUUAGUCUUUGGACACUCUGAUGCAGAACGUCGUAGACUCGACCAAUUCGAGGGACCAGAAUAUCCUCGCACUUCACUGCCUGUCACCAUCCAUGGUCAGGUCCCUGCCCGGUUCACAGCUGAGAAGCAACAGAGCUACGAAGCCGAGUCCACCGUCGACGCAUUUGUCUACCUCUUCACAGGACCCCUCGAACACCUUGAUUUGAAUAGACCCUGGGAUUAUGAGGCAUUCAAACGGGACAAUGUCGUCGCCUGGACUACCGCCGAUGAUAUAUUCAAAAGCAUGAUCCUGCGUUCAGAAGAGUGA